GGUUGGAAAAUUGUGAGCCUCAGAAUAUUAUUCUGGUCACAAUUCAACAAAUCACCAGUUUUUGUGUCUUCUUUUUUUCGACGUUGGCCAAACACAUUCCGUCGUGAAUUUGGACACCCUUUUCUCCAAAGUGCAUCAACCGUUUCCGUGGAAGCCUUGUCUCGCUUAAUUUGUUGAAUAUUCAAGUCAGCAAGAAGCAAUUCCAAUCUGAAUCCUCUAUAUAUAUCCAGAUGGCGGGAGCAGUGUGUGUAGUUGGCGGCUCAUCGUCGUUGGUGGAGUGUGCGUCCUGCAAUUUGAGCGGCGGAGAUUUGAUCCCGCUGAGGCAUUCCUCGAUUGGGAGAAAGCAUAUACCUCCUCGUUUGGAUUUGAGCACUUCAUUUCUCGAUUCUUCUCCAAACAGGGCUUUCUUUUCCCCUCCAACUAAUUUGAAGAAGAAACGCAGGAAAAAGAUGAGUGUUGUUGGAGUCGGUGGAUUAGGUGGCCAGUAUGAAGAAAGCUAUGAGGAUGUGAAAAGACAAAUUGUGGACUACUUCACUUACAAAGCAGUGAGGACUGUGUUGAACCAGCUUUAUGAGAUGAACCCUCCCCAAUAUCGUUGGUUUUAUAAUUAUUUGGCAUCGAAUGAGCGUGGCUACGGAAAGACCUUCAUUCGCGAACUUGUCAAGGAUAGGCUGGAGCUGGCUGAGAGAGUGAUGGUGACUCGGCUUCACCUCUAUGGAAGAUGGAUCAAGAAAUGUGAUCAUGUGGAGAUGUAUGAGAGGAUCUCGGAUCAGAAUCUGGAGUUGAUGCGCGAACGUCUCAUAGAGACCGUGAUCUGGCCCUCUGACGACACUAACAACAACACCAACACCGGAUGAGGAGAUCACCAUCACCCCUACCACUAGUCAUAUCUUUUUUCCUCUUUUUCUUAUUACCAGAUUAGCUCAACUCUUUUGUCUGUUAAUUUGUUCAUGGUAACAACUGUUAUAAUAUUCUAUACAGAAUAAUCAUAGUGACAAGGUGUUUUAAA